CCAGUUCCAGGCAGUGGGAGGGAGCUGUGUGUGCUGUGGGGGAGGGGCCAGGCUGACCGCCCCGCGCUGAGCUGCUGGCGGAUGCCGAGGCUAUAAAGCUGCUGGCUGCUGCCACGCUCAGCCUUAAGAUGCACAUGUGUGCUGAGGAGAGAGGACCAGCGGCGGCGGCGGACGGCUGCUUCAGAAGCCUCUGCCUCAGAGCCUGAGAGGAGCAGGGCUCCCCUUCUGCGUCAGAGUCCACAGAAGAAGACACCUCUGUCCCCUACCGAGCACGAGGAGAGAGGCGGGAGGCAUGAGCUGUGGCCAGAGCUGAGGGCUCGUGGCCAGCCCCAGACCCCCAGGACCCCGGCUCCACUCGGCCCUUGCCCCCUCCCCAGCCUUCGCCAUGUCCUUUGCCAUGCUGCGCUCAGCACCCCCCAGUCGCUACCUGUACCCCGAGAUCAGCAUGCUGUCAGAGGAUGAGGAGAACGGGAGCGAGAGCUCGGGCUCGGACGAGAAGCCCUACCACCUCGACGCCGACGGCUUUGGCCUCAAGGGUUCCAAGCGCCGCGCAGGAGCCAAGAAGGGCAGUGGUGGUGGGGGGCGCCUGAGCCGGGAGCCCCGGCAGAGGCACACGGCCAAUGCCCGAGAGCGGGACCGCACCAACAGCGUCAACACCGCCUUCACCGCCCUGCGCACCCUCAUCCCCACGGAGCCCGCAGACCGCAAGCUGUCCAAGAUCGAGACGCUGAGGCUGGCAUCCAGCUACAUCUCCCACCUGGGCAACGUGCUGCUGGUGGGCGAGGCCUGUGGAGACGGGCAGCCCUGCCACUCCACACCAGCCUUCUAUCACCAUGCAGGGGGGGCUAGCCCCCCCCCUCCCCCUCCCCCUCCCCGGGACAGCGAGAACUCCCAGCCCAAACAGAUCUGCACCUUCUGCCUCAGCAACCAGAGAAAGUUGAGUAAAGACCGGGACAGGAAGACUGCGAUCCGGAGUUAGGAGACAAAGAUCAACACCGGGAAGGGGGUGGGGAAGCAGAAGAAGGGGAGAUGACAUCAAAUGGAGCCAAAGGAAAGAUAAGACAAAAGUCAUACACCUUAUCCAUCUGCCCCUUGAUCUUUGGACCCUCUAGGGACAUGGGCCUCAACGGCACAUUGGAUAAACUUCCCCCCUACCACCAAACAGACUCUGGGUUCUUGAGAACCUACUAAGAGCCCUGUACAGAAUGGAAGAGACCCCUGUGGCGGACGCUUAGCGAUUAGGGAAGACUGUGCCCUCUACCUCAGGACGGGGUGACAGCCAAAUCAGCUGUACCUGGGAGAGGAAAAAGGAAAAGCUGGCGGGGUGAGGAGGAGAGGACCGCUAGCAUCCACCCCCCCCCCCCCCCCCCACUCCCUUAACCAAGAGUUAAGCAUUCUCUCCCUAAAAGACCCCAGCCCUCAAGGCUUUCUGGUCACUGAAGAACUUUAAAAUAUUCUGAAUUCUGACUUCCUGAUCUGAUUUUCUUUCUGAAUCAAUACAUGCUGGUGUUUCAUGUCAUUGAUACGAUAAUAUAAAGUCCAAGUUAUUUGUAUAAU